GUGGUGGCGGUAGUUUGGAAAACGUGCACUGUAGCAGUUCGAACUUCGAGCAUCUAAAAUAUUCGACUCCAAGUUCAAUCAAAGCAGUGCGGAAAACUCUUCAGUGAGCACAAGACCAGGAAAAAGAAGACUUCUAUGUGCGGUACUGUCUUUGCACACGUGCUCGUUGCUAGAAUUAAUUGUUCUGUGUAUCGUGCGGUACUUGUUAUUUCUCUCCAGGGUAGUUAGUAUUAUUAACAGUUCAUUCAAAAUGUCAUUAUUUGAUGAUGACGAUGAAUACUUAUAUCACUUUCAAGACGUAAAAGAAAAAUUGGAAAAAGUAAAAGGUGACGCGCGACUCAACGAGUUUUGCGAAGUACUUGAAAUUUGGUCUAAAUGUAAAGAAGAUAAGCGAGAAUUAUUGACAAGAGUUAUGAUGGAUUUGAUGAACUGUACAAGUUUAUUUCCUAGUGUUAAAGAACAUUUUUUAAAAUUUGCUUUGGAACAACGCGAUUUGAAAAUGAUAAAACUGAUUGAGGCAAACGAGCUUAAAAUAAACGAGGUUAGAUUCGUAGAUGGAAUGUCUUCUCUUCAUUAUUUGGCUGAGGUAGUAUACGGGAUAAAUAAUUCAACCUCUGACCCAAGAGGAAAAGUCCUGGAGGUCAUGGAAUAUUUUUUGAAGAAUCCACGGGAAAACUUGAGUGACGAUUAUGGUUACACAUAUUUCCACGCGGCCUGCAUGUCGGGCAACGUGACAGCAGUGAAUGUUUUCUUGAGCCAAGGUGUGGAUGUCAAUCUUGACUCGUACAAGUAUUCAGUGUUGCAUAUUGCAGUCCAGUACAGACGCGAAAAAAUAGUAGAGAUUUUAUUGAAACACGGGGCCGAUCCAAACAAACGGGACGUGGAGAAGUCGACACCUCUUCACGCACUCGCUCGACUCUGUUUAUGCCAGUGCACCAACGCUUCCAGAUUUUGCGAUUAUCGACGACCAGUAGACAAAAUAGUUCAAAUGCUGGUUGAUCAUGGGGCGAUUAUGGAAACUCGCAAUCGACAUGGUGAUAGUCCUUUGGAUUUGGCGGUAUCUCGUUUCGAUGUGCAGCUUGUCAAAUCGCUUUUGAAACACGGCGCGAGUCUUGACAAUUUGAACGAGGAUAAAAUGUUCGGCGCAGAGUUCUCAUCGAUCGAAUUAAAAAACUAUCCACUAACAUUGAACAUCAUCGAGAUGGUACAAUUGUUGCAGUCGGCUGAUUAUCGAAUGAGCUUACACACCAGAUUCAAGAUGCUUAAAUGUUUCGAAGCAGUUCGAGGUGACGAUACUGAACAUUUGAUGCCCGAAUAUACUAGGCCUACUGAAGAUUUUACUGCUUCCUACCCAAUUGUGUAUAACUAUUUUAUUUAUAUCGAGCUUAGACUUGAGAAAUUUCAAGAAGUUGAUGAUUUCUUUAAAGAACAUGUGAAGAAAAUAAUACGACGAAUAAACGAUGGAAUCCACGACAUACUUCCUAGAGAUAUCGAUCUUGUUUGGAACAGCGAAGCUGACAAACUCAAAGAUAUUAUGCUAAGCGACGACAUCUCACUCUAUGAGUUUUGUAUUGAUAAAGACUUUGAUGAGAGUUUCCAGAUAUUAAAAAAUAUUAAGAAUUGGCGUGUCCCACCAUUGGAUGAUUUAUCUCAUACUUGGAUCAACAUCAUUAUAAAAAGGCACAUAGCAACCAUUUAUGUCAGGCUACAGUUAGAACUAUUUGCAGCUGAUCUUUUCAUGACUGAUUACUGUAAAUUGAAUCUACCUUAUACUGCCUGUCGCCUAGUUGUCGAACAUAUGAGUUACGAGGAAUUACUGCAUUUGUACAGACAUACUAAUGAUAAAGAUGAAAGAUUUUUGGGAGACAUUCCUACUCAAGUUUUAUAGAAUACUUAUAAUAAAAUUUAUUUAUUAUGUUCCCAAUAUUUCAAUAAGAGAGAAUUAUUUUUUAUCUUGAUGAGCAACUAAAUGAAUCUCUGUAUCAUAUGUUUGCGUAUUUGCUUUUUUGUGAUGCUAACAACUUGUGAACAGUCGUGCCAGAAGGGAUCAGACUAUUUUUCAGUCAACCCAAUUUAAUGCCAAAACGAUUUGUAAUUUUUUGUACAUAUAUAUUGUUACGUCUAAGACAUAAUUCAUUUCAAUAAAAGAACUAAAAA